CUCCGAUGGUUCUUUCCUGUUCUGUCAAUGAUAGUGUUCAACGAUCAUGUCAGGGUCCUCUCCCAGCAAGGAGUCCCAAAGUCCCAAACCAUCGUCAAAUAACGCCGCAAAUGUCCAGGAAGCGUCAACAGCGAAGGAAGUGUCGCCGGGGAAAGAUAAGGUGGAAUCUUCUGCGAGUAAGAUACAACCGCAGAAGAAGUCGACCUGCUCGCUUUGCUGCUGGAAAACUCCGGAAGUGGACGUCCCAGAGUCGAAGGAGGACAACGUUCGAUCUAGCGACUCGCAGAUGAACCCCAACACAUCGACGGUCACUGUGGACAAAGCGUCCAAUCAAGGUCCGAGCGCCAAAUCGUCGGAUGUCUCACAGAGCCCAGUUCAAGCAAAAGCGUCUGAAGAUAAAGCAGGGCACCUCACUGCACAGGCCACAGGAGCGAGCAAAACAAAGAGCGCAGACACAGCUCCUGGCGCUAAAGAACAUGCGACCUCACCCGAUGCAAAGAGCAGCGCGAUACCCGUGCAGUCGAGUGCUGCAAAGGAUACGCCCAAAGCGGAACCCGGUGCCGCAAAAGCCGUUGAAGCAGCUUCGAAAAAACUAGAUGGUAACGGUACUUCCAAGAUUUCAGAAAAUGCGGCGGUCGAGUCUUCACCCAAAGCAAGUAGCACUGAAACUGCGGUCGGUACUCCGAAAGGAGCGGAUGCGUCCAAACCGAAGGACCGUGAAAUAUCCAAGCCUCAAGGUACAGGAGUGGCUUCAUCCUUAACGGGCGAUACUGAGAGUGCGCCCGUCGAUAUGGAGGCAACAGACGUUCCAAAAGACACCACCCAGGUGUUUGAUACUACGCGAUCCACGGAUGAACUAAAAGAGGACGGAGGAGACGAGGUAUAUUCAAAGCGCGCUCCGACUGCCAAUUUAAAGAGUGGCGAAGAAGCCAUCAAAAUUGACGACUCAAAGAAGCAGCCAUGGGAGGGUGAUGAGACAAUAAAGGUGAUUACGACGGAUGAUAAACCCGGAACGGAACUUAAAGGCAUACUGAAGAGAAGGGAGUCCAUUAAACGCACCAAAGGAGCGCAGAAAGCAGAUGUACAGGAAACGGGGACAACGACUCCGGAUACAAUGUCUGCGAGGCGCAGAAGAAGGAUGUCUUCUGUAGUCUCCCUUGGAAAAGCAGCGGAUGAACCAAGAAGAAGGAUGUCUGUAUACUCGAAUGGGAAAGGACUAGGAGAAGUACAGGGGAUGUCCUUUCAACCAGACGGGUUGUCUUCAGCGUCGAGCGAGAGCCAGCCUGCUCGUCUUCAAGAAACUCAGGCCGAUCGUCUUCAAGAAACUCAGGAUGCUAGUCUUCAAGAAACUCAGCCUGCUCCUCCUGCUCAAGAAACAUCGUUAUCGAAGCAGUUGAGCGAGCCAGCCGUUAUGCACGCUGUAGCCGCCGAAAUUGCUGCUCUUUUGCAAGAUCGCUCGGAGUUCUCCACUCCGAGGCUCCUUCGCUCACCAACUAUAACAACAUCUAAUAUCGUGCCGUCCACUGCAACGUCACCAGAAAUCGCGAGACUCCGGGAAGACGUCGACUUCCUCUUGGCACGUUAUCGCCUAGAGCAAUCCCCAGUAAGUGCACCGCGUGCGGCUAGCUCAAUAUCGCGUUCCCCCGGCUUCACAACAGCCGUAGAUGGGUCUGGUUCUCCCCCUCAGCUGCCGCCUUGCCCGCAGCGAUUUGCGGGUCCAAGCGAUGCGUACCGAAAAGGACCACCGGACAGUUAUCAUUCCCCUUGGGAAGAAGAGGCUUAUACUGUACCUCCAUGGCCUGCGUCUCCCGCUCCAACGUCGCCGACUCAAGGACCAUUGUGGAGAACACGCGAUGUCAGAACUUCGACUUCCCAACUGUUUCCAGACAAUGAACGCCCUUUUGCGUUUGAGCAACGCUUUCGUAGGCAGACAAGCGCAAUAGUAGACGUCUCGCAAGACAGGGAGAUGUAUUCCGCUUACGUACCGACUACACCAGUACCAACUGAACGUAUGCAAUGGAGCCCAUCACACGUGGAAAGCAUUGCUGGUACAGCCAUCUCUGACAUAUCUCUACCUAUGCCCAGUGUUGCGACAGGCGUUACACGAUCAACUGAACCAUACAAAUGGCUCACAUCCGACGCUGAUGCAAUAACUGCACCCUUUCGGUACGGGACUAUUGAAGAACCUCCUGGAGGGCUGAGCACCUUCAGCUGGAAGAGCGUACCUCGAACGACCCUUCGGCAAGUAGACGAAGGCGAUCGAACCUUCACAAUGGUAUAUCCAUCUGACACGACGCUAAUGAAAACUUUGAAGCAAGAAAAAUCCACGGAAUCCACCGAACUUCCAAGGGAGGCAUUCCUGUGCGAAGACGCUCAUAUAGCCGCUGUUGCGAAACGCCUACGCUUCGCUGUCACCAUAGCGGAGAACCUUCAAAGCGCGUCAUAUGCGGUGCAGAAGCUCAGCUGUGCCAGUAAGGAAGAACAACGUCGAAGAGACUUCGUGGCGCAAGACUUGCUUCGCCGGGCGGCUUUGGCUAGCUUAGAUGCCCGGGAAGCUUCCCACGCGCUCAGGGAAGCCAAAACGGCUGCAGAGGGUCGUGUCCUGGAAGGAAGUUCAAACGAAUACACCACAGCGGUGGAAAGUCACUCUGAAACUCCGAAGACCUUCUCUGUAGACUGGCAGGAUGCUUCUAAAGCGGUGUCGUGUACCAUCGGAAUCCGUUCGAGAGGACUGUCUGCUGGCAAAGGAGUACAGGACUCCUUUCCGCAAGAAAGACGUGGCGUGGACGAAGACACGAUCACAUUCGCUUUAGCUACUUCGGCGGAUACCAAAACUACUCAGUGGCGAGCAAAGCGUGACAGGUUCCGGCAACCGUUAACCUGUGGGGCUUCGGAUACGUUCGUUAAGGAAGUUGCUUCCGACAUCGGAGAACGGAGAUCUGAGACGACUGUACUGUGCGACACCUGUAGCCGUCCUAUGCCUUCUGACGAGGUUCCCGUCAGUGGGAGUAUUGUAGCUGUAGAUGCAAAGUCCUGGUGCAGCGACUGUUUGCUCUCCAAGCCACUCGACCAUAAACCACUUCCAAUCCUUCCCUCGAUAUCUACGAGAAGGAAAUCGUCAACUACUGUACACGAUUCUGGAAUCCGGCUGGAGGGAAGACGCGAGGGAAAUGCGGACGAUACUACAAAGCAAACGGAAAGCUGCCGAGUAGAAGCCAAGCCUCAAGAUGCCAGCGCGUUAGAGAACGCGUUGUUGGACGACAGAGGCGUCAGCCUGCUGGAACAAAUGGCGGCCGAAGAAAUGGACGAAGCCUUCAUAACAGCUAUGUCUCCAGGUACCUACGCACAGACGCAAGCUGGUGACGCAAACAAGGACGGAACAGACGACAAAAGUGAAAAGAAGGAAAGUGAUACACAUGCAGUUGAAACUGGUGUAUCGGUUCCCGACCGCAAAGUGGUCGCCGCCAUCUCUGCCUGCUGUCUGUUUUGGAUGCUAUUCGUUUUACUUGGUACGGUUUUUCGUCGUCAAAUAUUUCAAAGCGGUAGUGCCCGCAGAGAAACCAUGUUUAGCCACACCGACACUUAUAAUGACAGCUUGACUUUUCCAGAGACUGCUAUCCCUGAGAGCCACACAUGGUCCACACGCCUUCCAGGUACAACAAAUAUCGAAGGAGCUCCAUCAGGAAUCCCACGCAUGAUAGAAGCGCAUCCAACCUUCAUUUGCAUCACGAAAAGCUGUAUUAGGCAAGCGAAGUACUUGAAGUCCAUCUUAAGCGGCGACCCGUGCUCCAAUUUUUACGAUUACGUCUGCGGAACACUAACGAACACGUGGAGGUCGACGGGACGGGUGCCAUUUUCUCAGGACAUCGCGUUAGUAAGUUAUCUCGAAGACAAGGCUUUGAGCUACAUCAUGAAUGCAACUAACACGGAUGUACGGAUAGCUAGAUGGUUGCUUGAGGAUUGCACGGCGUUACGCUCUACGAACUACGAGGAAAUCUUCGACAUCAUAAAGUCGUAUGUCCGAUCUGAUAGUUGGCCCCUCGAAACUAGCGCAACAGAUGCAUGGCGUGUUGCAGGAGAACUAGCCAGGGACCUAGGGAUCGAAGCUGUAUUUGAUACUUCCAUCGAACCAAGUCCAGAUUCCCCAGAAGGCGAAGUGGUGAUCCUGCGUCCUCCACGCGUCCUUUUCGUUUAUGGCGACAUUGAAUACGUCCUCGACACUAUAAAGAAUGCCACGAUAAACUUCCUUACGCCUAUGUUACCCAAUGCGAGCGUUGUACAAGUUGCACUCAACAUCGUCGAUGUAGCGCGUAAUAUUUCGAACGGCCUCUCAUCACAGCAUACUGUUCUACACUGGCGCUUGUCUCCUGUAGAUGGCGUUCACCCUGGCGUUGGCACACUUCUUCGCACAUUGUAUGGCGAUCACCUUCCAGCCUUUGUAAGGUCUUCAGAGUACGCGGACGCUGUCACGCAACUUGUCGAUGAGUACCCAGCUGCAGUCGUCGACUACCUCGUGUUCUGGCUGCUACUCUACUUGGCGCCUUAUAUUGGGAUUUCGGAACUUACUCGGUUAUUUCCCCUGACUCUCCAAGAAGCUCCUGUGGAUCCGGACAAGCACUGUUCACGCGCCGUAGAGCGGGUCCUCCCGUUGGCGUAUAUGCGAGCUCUGUCAGAGUCCCUGGGAUCCAUGACCUUCGCUCGUCAUUGGGUGUCUCAAGUAGAGAGCCAGUUUCUUCAUGGGAUAUCACGGUUGGCGUGGUUACAAGGACAGCCUACGGACGCGGAGCUUGCCAAGUUACGACGAAGGCGAGUGGCACAUUUCUUUCCCGUCCGUGCAACAGACAAGGUCGCCUGGAACGCGUAUGAAAAGGAACUGCGGAGACACCUGGCCAACCAAUCUAGUUCAUUGGGUAGAUUGAUCGCUGCAGCGAGGUACCAUCUGAGGGACAACUUGAGCGCAUCAGCUUUCGCCACAGAGGUGUCGUACAGCCCUACGCGCCAGUUUCUCUACGUUCCCGUCGGCGUCGUCAACAUCAGCACGCCGCAAAACAGCAGCCUGUACACAUUCCAAAUGGCACGGUUCGCCGUACGUAUCUACCGAGGUCUCCUGUCGCUCAUGCGACCCUUCAGCAGCACCGCUACGCAAGUGCUUCAGCGGCUCUACCAAUGCAUCCAGGGUGACGACGGUGGUGCAUUCUUUCUGGAGCAGACAGCGAGCGUCAUCCUUGCCCACCAAGCCUUCCAGCAGUUACUUCACCCGAAGCGUGUGUGGGGCGCUGAUUUUCGACUCGGAGGUUUGGAGGAACUUUCCUCUGACCAAUUAUUUUUCGUUCAUUUCGCGCUGGACAAUUGCGCAAUUGCUGAUGACUUCUCUCAAAGGAGGCAGCCAACAGCUGAACAGCGCGUCAAUGUCGUGCUGCGACAGAUUGAAGCGUUCCAAUUAGCGUUCCGCUGUCAAGAUAGGGUGGUGGCGAGUCGACGAUGUUCAGUCGUCAUACCGCCAUUAGAUUGAACUACAGGACAUCGCUUAUUUCGCUGUAAUAUUUCCGGCGACGUUCCCUCGUUUAUGAGGAAACCGUUGUCCGUUCUCAAAAAGGACGGACUAGUAGACCAGUAUGAAAAAUAAAACAAGUAUUG